GCAGUCCCUCCCCCAGGGCUUCCUGUUGGGGUGUCCUAGGCCCCACCCCAGAGCUGGGCACUUCCCUCCCUGACACAGGGACCCGGACACGCUCUGCCCUGCCAGAGGCAGACAUGGUGCCCCUGCUGCUGCUGCCCCUGCUGUGGGGGGGGUCCCUGCAGCAGCAGCCAGGCUAUGAGCUCCAAGUGCAGGAAUCGGUGACAGUGCAUGAGGGUCUGUGUGUCCAUGUGCCCUGCUCCUUCUCCUACCCGAGGAGUUCGUGGUCUUCCUAUAGUAAAGUCUACACCUACUGGUACCGGGACGGGGACAAGACAGCCAGUGCUGCUCCUGUGGCCUCGAGCAACCGGAAUAAACAAGUGAAGACAGAGACCAAAGGCCGUUUCCUCCUCGCGGACCCCAAGACCAACAACUGUUCCUUGCAAAUCAGAGAAGCCAGGAGGAGUGACUCAGGACGCUACUUCUUCCGAGUGGAGAGAGGGACUCAAGUGAAAUAUAGUUACCAAGAUAAGAUGCUGGAUUUGCAGGUGACAGACAAACCCCACAUCCAGGUUCAGGAGCCUCUGGAGUCCGGCCGCCGCACACAGGUGGCCUGCAGCCUGCCAGGGGCCUGUGAAAGGGGACAGUGUUUCACCUUCUCCUGGGCGGGAGCCGCUGUGGUCUCACUGAACACCCCAAAUCUCAGCUCUUCAGUGCUCACCUUCACCCCGAGGCCCUGGGACCAUGGCACCAACCUCACCUGUCAGGUCCAAGUCCAACAGCCUCUGUUGACCACACAGAGGACCAUCCGGCUCAAUGUCUCCUAUGCCGCUCAGAACCUCACCAUAGGCGUCUCCUUCAGAAAUGUCACCGCCCUCAAGAUUCUGCAAACCACAUCCCUUUACAUUCUGAAGGGAGAGGCCCUGAGGCUGCUCUGUGAAGCUGACAGCAACCCCCCUGCCGAGCUGAGCUGGUUCCGGGGGUCCCCAGGCCUGAACGCCACCCCCCUCUCCAGCACCGCGAUCCUGGAGCUGCCUUCCGUGGGGCCUGCACAGGCAGGAGAGUUCACCUGCCAAGCUCGGCACCCGCUGGGCUCCCACAGCGUCUCUCUCAGCCUCUCCGUGGCCUACCCCCUUCAGCUGCUGGGACCCUCCUGCUCCUGGGAGGACCAGGGUCUGCACUGCAGCUGCUCCUCCAGGGCCCAGCCGGCCCCCUCCCUGCGCUGGCGGCUGGGGACGGGGCUGCUGGAGGGGAACCAUGGCAACGGGUCCCAAGUGGUCACCUCCAUCUCAGAGGGGCCCUGGACCAACAGCUCCCUGAUCCUCCAUGAGGGGCUCAGCCCUGACCUCAGACUCAGCUGCGAGGCCCGGAAUGUGCAUGGGGCCCAGAGCGCCUCUGUCCUGCUGCUGCCAGGGAAGGCGGUGCCCCAGGCGGGAGUGGUCCCUGCUGCUCUCGGAGGUGCUGGAGCCAUGGCCCUGCUGUCCCUGUGUUUGUGUCUCAUCAUCUUUUGCAUAGUGAAAGCCCGCAGGAGGCAAGCAGCCGGGAGACCAAAGGUCAGGAAUGAUGAAGACCCUGUCAUGGGCACAGUCACCUGGGGUUCCCAGGAAAGGCUAGGGCCAGGCAGGCCUCCAGACCAAGCGCCCCCCGCCGAGGAUGCCCCUCCCUCCGGGGAGCAACAAGAGGUCUACUACGCCAACCUCAGCUUUUAUGAGAUGAGGACACGGGAGUCUCAGAACCUGGAGGCCACCGGCAGCCCCGAGUACUCCGAGAUCAAGCGUGCAGCCAAAUGAGGACUCGCUCCGAGCAGUUUAAUUGGCUUUUCAGGAGCAACCAUGGAAAGCAGAAGAAAGCAAAUACUAUUUUAAAUGUCACUUAUAAUUUAUACUCAGCAGAGAGAAUUCAAAAAUGAGGAAAUUAUACAGAUGUUUUGGAACAAAUAAAUGGGGAAAUUAUUGCCUGUGGAAUAAAAAUAUAGAUUUAAAUUCUCGACAGUAAUAACGGCUAAGCCCAAAGUAGCUGUGGUGGGGAAUAGGUAAUAUGUACAUUUCCUAUUAUGCACAUAUUACCCAGGAGGAGAGAGAAGUGUUCAUUUAUUAAAACUUUGGUAAGUUAAUUAUGAUGCCAUAAUUUUUAUGGUAGUGACUGUACAUCAUAAAAUAAGAAUGUAUAAGUUGCAAACUAGAACUAGUUUUAAAUAUAUAUAAUUUGUUUCAGAGAGGAAGGGAGAGGGAGAGGGAGAGACAGAAACAUCAAUGAUGAGAGAGAAUCAUCAUGGCACAACCUGUCUUGCCCUGAAAUAGUGAGGGGAGGUGUGGCUAGGGUUGAGUAAAUGAUGAAGAGACAUUAGUCCUGGCAGAAAUGGGGCCGUGCAGGUCCCCAAAGCUCCUCCCUAUCCUCACAACAGCCCCGAGGUCACCUCAGAGUAAUGGUGUUCUGUCCCAUUAUACAGAUGAAGAAACUGAGGCUCCCAGAAUGUCCUGGUUCACUCUGAAGGCAGUGUCAAAUCUGCUUUGCUCACCUUUUAAAGUUGAUUUUCAGUGAGAGAGAGAGGGAGUGGGAGAGAAAGAGAAACAUCAGUGUGAGAGAGAAACAUCGAUUGGCUGCCUCCUGCAACCACUCUGACUUGGUGGUCCGCAAUGUAGGUAAGUGCCCUGACAGGGAAUAGAACCCACAAACUUUUUGUGUAUGGGACGACACUCCAAUGAACUGAGCCACCCGGCCAGGGUUGCUCUGUUCACUUUUGAAUCUCUAGCACCUAACACAGUGCAUAGCCAAGGCAAAUGUUCAACUUUAUUUAUGAACGUAUCGAGUAGCUCACUGUCCCCACAAUAUUUAUGGUGUAAGGUGAAUUCCUAUAUUUCUGGUGCCAGUAAGAAAAUAUGCAAACAGCUAACAGUCUUUCCAGCCGGUGGGCAGUAAACACACUUGAUCAAUAUUUCUUCUUGUCGUUAGCAGUGUCUGCACACUCUUCCUCCUCAGGCCCAGCUUCCUCCCCAGACCCCUGCUGUCCCAACAUCCUCCUAAAACUACCCUCUGUGAAGGCCAA